CUGGCUUGGCAAUAGCGAUUUUAAGUUUCUGCGUUUACUUCCUUAGAAAGAAGAAGAAAACUCAGAAAAGGAAGGGUGGAAUAGACAGUCAUGUGAUGGAUCCUCAUAGCUUUGGGCAGAGAGGUGAAACUGUGUUCCAAAAUCACCAGAAUUUUCGGGGAAGAAAUGACAAGAUAGCUGAGGAUUUGCCUUAUUUUGAUCUUGAAACUCUGUGUGUUGCUACCAAAAACUUUUCUGAUUCAAAUAAGCUUGGUCAAGGCGGCUUUGGCCCUGUUUACAAGGGCGUAUUAAGUGAUGGCCAGGAAGUAGCAAUCAAGAGGCUUUCAACGGGCUCUGAACAGGGCUCAGAUGAAUUCAUAAACGAGGUUCUGCUCAUACUGAAACUCCAGCACAAAAAUCUAGUGAGGCUUCUAGGAUUUUGUUUAGAUGGAGAAGAAAUGCUUCUUGUUUAUGAGUUUCUGCCUAAUGGCGGCCUUGAUGCAGUCCUUUUCGAUCCAAGGCAACGAGCACGACUAAGUUGGAUCAAACGUAUUGAUAUAAUAAGUGGAAUAGCAAGAGGGAUUCUUUAUCUUCAUGAAGAUUCUCGAUUAAAGAUAAUUCAUAGAGAUCUAAAAGCAAGUAAUAUAUUAUUAGACCGCGAAAUGAACCCAAAAAUAUCAGAUUUUGGAAUGGCAAGAAUAUUUGCAGGAGCUGAAGGUGAAGCUAAUACUGCUACUAUAGUUGGCACAUAUGGAUACAUGGCUCCCGAAUAUGCUAUGGAGGGAAUAUAUUCUAUAAAAUCUGAUGUCUUCGGUUUUGGAGUGUUAUUGCUUGAAAUUAUCACCGGGAGGCGUAACGCAGGUUUCUAUCACUCUAAACAUGCUCCUAGCCUUUUGGCAUAUGCAUGGCAUCUAUGGAAUGAGGGAAGCGCACUGGAGUUGAUGGACCCUCUACUAGCUGAUUCAUACCCUGAAGAUCAGUUUCUAGUAUACGUGCAUGUUGGAUUACUGUGUGUUCAAGAAGAUGCGUAUGACAGACCAACCAUGUCUUCGGUUGUUUUAAUGUUGAAAAGCCAAUCACCAACUCUUGGUCAACCCAAAAAGCCACCCUUCUGUGUGGGAAGAAUCAUUGAUAAUGAUCAUCACGUGCCAGAAAAUGAACAUUGCUCUGUCAAUAACUUGACAAUCUCUGAUAUACUGCCCCAGUGA